GGCAAUUUUUAAGUGCCAUUCCACUUCUCAAGUGCUUGAUUGAAACAGCUUCUUUCUCUCUAGCUCUGACCAUGGAGCUGUGCACUACUACUACUACUCAAUCCAUCUCUCUUCUCCCCUCCAAACCCUCUUUAUCUCUUGCCCAUCUCCCAAUCCCUCGCUCUAUCCGUUGCCGCCGCACCAACUUUCUCCACCCCAGAUUGAGUAAGCUAGUGCUCAGAGCGACUUAUGAGGAUAAGCCGAGUAGUUUUGCAGCUACUACUACCGAAGAACGUGAGAGUUCAGUGGUUGUUGAGGUUGAAAACACAGUCUUCAAUGACAGCCCUGUAACUGAACAAGAAUCUCCUGUUGCUGAUGACCAAGUUAAUGACUUUUUGGAUACCCUCAAUCUUAAGUUUGACUCUGAGGAUACAUAUUCUGUUCUGUUCUAUGGUGGUAGUGCUGUGGUUGCCCUGUGGUUAGGAUCAGCUGUUGUUGGUGCGAUUGAUUCUAUUCCACUGAUUCCUAAGUUGAUGGAAGUUGUGGGUCUUGGCUACAGCAUAUGGUUCACAACCCGAUAUUUGCUGUUUAAGGAAAAUAGGGAUGAGUUUGUUACCAAAGUUGAAGAGCUGAAGCAACAGGUCCUCGGUUCAAGUAAUGAUUGACGUGCAGGAUAUGCUUUUCCUGGGGGUAUAAUUUUGUUGUGGUAUACUAGAGGUUGAACGAGAGUUAGAUAUUAUGGUAUUUUGUCAAAUAUUAGGCAUCUCAUACAAUUUGUCAAUAAUUAUAUACACUGCAGUAUAUUGUAUUGCAGCUUUGAAAUGAAUAUAGAUUUAGUUAUAUUGCUCCA